AACGUCUCGUUGGCCGGUUGAACUUGCCAGUCAAGCAUCCUUUCAUGAGUGUUAUCUUCUUUAAAAUAAAAGCCUAAUUUUCGUUGUGGCAUUUUGAAAAUUGCCCAAUUUUAAUUUCUUCUACCUUUAAAAACAAGCUCAGGCUCCUUGCAGAAACCAGUGCUUCAUCAAGAUGUCAGAUCAAACUCAUCCAUCCCCUCCCAUCGUUGACCCAUACCAGUACCUCCAGAUCAUCCCAAACCCAGAUGGUACCAUCACCCGCAACUUCAACUCCUUCCCAAAGAUCCCUUCCGCACCGGAUUUUACCCACACCGCCCCUGUUCUAACCAAGGAUAUUCCCAUCAGCCCUUCAAACAACACCUGGUUCCGUCUUUACCUCCCCACCACCGCCCUGACUUCCUUCUCCUCCGACAACAAACUCCCUCUUAUUGUCUACUUCCACGGCGGAGGUUUUGUCCUCUGCAGCGCAGAGCAUUCCAUCUUCGAUGAUUUCUGUGCCAACCUGGCCACUGAUCUCCAUUUAAUCGUUGCAUCCGUCGAGUACCGUCUGGCGCCGGAACACCGCCUCCCGGCAGCCUACGAUGACGCCAUGGAAUCUCUGCACUGUAUCAAAACAAUCGAAGAUGAUUGGUUAAAGAGGUAUGCGGAUUUUUCCAAGUGUUUCAUUAUGGGUAUUAGUGCAGGUGGUAACAUAGCGUACCAAGUAGGACUACGAGCUGCCGACGCGGUCGAUGAUGUCAGUCCUAUAAAAAUCAGAGGGCUGAUAUUGCAGCAACCAUUCUUCGGUGGGGUGGAGAGAACAGGAUCAGAGCUUAGAUUGAUGAACGACCCGAGGUUGCCGCCGAUCGUUUGCGAUUUGAUGUGGGAUCUGUCGUUGCCCGUUGGCGUUGACCGUGAUCAUGAGUAUAGCAAUCCAAGAGCAUCAACGGGGUUAGAGAAUGUGAAGAAGCUGGGGUGGAGGGUGCUGGUGACGGGAUGCGAUGGGGACCCUCUUAUCGACAGACAGAUUGAGUUGGUGAAGAUAAUGAAGGAAAGAGGUGUUGAAGCAGUUGGCCAUUUUAGCGUGGGAGAUUAUCAUGGAGUGGAGGUGAUGGAACCCAGCAAAGCUAAGAAAUCGCAUGCGGUAAUAAAAGAUUUCUUGUCUUCAGCUUCCAUUUAAUUCGGAUUGAAAAGUACGCAUUUGGUUAAGGAAUAAGUGAACAUUUGGUUCCGGUUUCAAUUUUAAAUU